GUUAUGUCGCGCGACUUUGGAUCUGGCGCUCCGCCGAUGGUGUGGACAUGCUUCGGCGUGACGAGCUUGGGCUUUCGGUCCGUGCAGCUCAGCACCGCGACGGGGGACCUCGAGUGCGCGUCCCAGAAUGGCAUCACAUGCACCAGCUUUACCACGUUGAGCCAGUGUUUGUCGCAAACGCAGUCGCUCGUGACAAUUCCGUGCCCCAUGUACAUGCGGGCUGGAACCAACGUCAACUGUACCCAGGCGAUCGUUGUUGGCGCCACUUCUAGUGCAUCGUUGUAUCAAUGCCAGAACAGCGACCGAUUGACCCCGGCGAUUGCCGCGUUGCGUGUGGACGGUCAAGAAGCAUACCAAUGUUUCAUCGAAACGCCGUCCAAAUGCGCGUACGUGACGACAACCCAGUCGUGCCUUGGGCUGUUCAUGUCGACAUCCAUCAAACCUGCGCCGAUUGCCUUGCCCUGCAAACCACUUGACUUGUCCCAACCGCUGCCAGAGUUUUGCUUGUCGACGGGAGCCGCCUCUCCAUCCAAUCGGCCGUCCACGGUUGUCCCCGCUCCAACUUAUGCUGCCAGCACUUCGACGUUUCCUCCACAGAUGGAACAAGCGCCAUCAACCACAGACACGUCGUCAUCUAGCUCGUCGUCUUCGACGACUGUCACCGUCGCCGUCGCCAUUCCCCUCGCCGUGGUCGCGAUCGCCGUCGGCGUGUUCAUUUACCUCAAGCGAUCUCGGCGCCAAAAGAAAACCCCAGAAACGGAAGCCCCCCCGUACACCAAACACAUCGAUGACGACGUUACGCUGGAUGCGAGCGUCGUGGAUCUGUCUGCGCUGGUGGGAUGCCGCAUUCCCUCUCAAGAUAUUGUCAAGGGCAAGCUCAUUGGCAAAGGCGGGUUUGGCCAGGUCUAUCGCGGCACGUGUCUCGGCCAAGUGGUCGCGAUCAAGGAGAUCGUUGCGCGGCGGCAGCAGCACACCGCGGACGUCCAGAGUUUCGUCAGGGAAAUGACGCUGUUGGCACGGCUGGAUUCGCCAUAUAUUGUCGCGUUUCUCGGAGUUGCAUGGACGUCAGAUGCUGCCGCGGAUUUUCAAUGCGUCUUGGAGUACAUGAACAACGGCGACCUGCGCGACUACUUGAAAGCCCACACGGCCGACACGUUUCCAUGGGCCGCCAAGCUCAAAUGUGUCGAGGCCAUUGUGCAAGGACUGGUGUACCUGCACAGCCAGGGCGUGAUCCACCGAGAUUUGAAAACGCGCAAUGUCUUGCUCGACAAGGUCAAAGGCACCAAGCUGUCGGAUUUUGGGCUGUCGCGCACGGCCAUGGCGAGUGACACGAUGACGAUGGGGGUCGGCACGUAUCGGUACAUGGCGCCCGAAGUGCUCCAAUCGAGCCAUUACAGCGCCAAGGCCGAUCUGUACUCGCUUGGGAUGGUGCUCAGCGAACUCGACACGCUCCAAGCGCCUUUUCACGACGUGCGCAAUGCCAACGGCCAGCCUGUCACGGACGCCGUGCUCAUCAACAUAAUCGUCAACCACACGGCGCCCAUUCGGUUCUCCAACACCAUGCCAAAGUGGCUCGUCGGGUUCGCCCACUUGUGUCUCCAGCGCAACCCAGACCUGCGCCCGUCGGCCAGCGACCUCCUCGACGCCAUCCUGGACGAAAACAACACCGCGCGGCCGUCGCCCACCCAUCUCUAACAUGCUCUAUUAUGGUCGACGUGUUUGAUUGGUCAAUCGUUACA